AUGAGGAAUAAGAGACCCAGUCAACCCCAAUCCAGCUCCUCCUCAUCGAUAUCCCCAUCCAAGCCCAAGAACAACAACAACAAGUCUAACCUCAUCAACAAAAAGAAGACCAAGAAGAAGAAGGAAGAGAACCUCCUCCGCCUUCAACAACAGCAGCAACUAAACCGUGACGGCGAUCAUCGUCCGAUCCUGCGGCCGAAGGUGUACAUCACGGAUAUCUCCAACUUCAAGACGCUUGUCCAGGAGCUCACCGGCAACGGAGCUCCGGUCGCCGCCCAGCGGGAGCCCUCUCCGUCAUCGGAACGUGAAACUUAUUAUUAUCCCGAGUUCAAACGUUCGGACAGCCUGGAGACGGUUACGUCAGUGGAUGGGUCGUCGGUUGAAUCCAGCGGGACGCCGUCGUUUAACCACGAAGAGACGAACGGCUUCCAGCCCUACGGUUACUACGAUCAGAUGGGGUUGUACAGUUUGGAGGAGGACAACACGACGUCGGAUGGUAUGCUGGCGUGUCAGGCUGAUCUGGAGGCUUUGCUGGCAGAUAUGGAUCAACAUCAGUUCCCUCUCGUGUUUGACGCCAAUUAUUCUUCAUCGGAAUCUCAUCAUCAAAUUCAUCAUCAGCAGCAGGAAGCUGAUCUCAGCAUUUACGACUACGAUUUUUCCGGGAUCGUAUGCUGA